UUGGGCUAUGUCUCACAACCUAGUACACUGCCUACAUAGACGGCGUUUUAAGGAAUGAACAGUGUUUUCCGACUCCAAAUGAGAAUAAACUAUCUAUAUACACCUCAAAUUAUUAUAACCCAAACGUUUAGUCUUAACUAAACAGAUGCAGAUCACGUUCCAAUGCUAGCCAGUGAUGUCUACCUAGCAAGGGAACUAGGUUUUGAGCUACAGCCAUCGUGUAGUCGGGAAUCUUCGCACUGCUCUUCUUCUUUGAGUCUGAUUUUAAGGGAGGAGCUGUAACUCUCGGAACAUCCAGAGACUUUUGGAGAAGGACAACAACAGGACGGCUAAUUAUGGAUCCAGCAUCUCAUCCAGAGCAGCUGUCAGUUGUUAACGAACAGGUGCUGAACUCGGCGGACAGAUCAGUGACUGCAGCUGUAUGUCUGCGCCGCUUCCUCUGCUACGGCUCUGAAAGCUCCACAUACAGCACUAAAGAGUGUCCUCUGGGCAUCGAGAAUGCCCUCUCCUUAAUGCAGCUCAUCGAGGGGGGUCGUGGGUCUGAGGUGGUAGACGAGGUCAGACGCUUCAAUUUGGAGGGCCGCGCUGUCCGUCCAAACCCCGGCCUCUUUACUCUGGCUGUCUGCUCGCAGCAUGCAGACUGUAAAACUAGACAGGCCGCUUUACGGGCACUGAAGGAACUCUGCCGGUCCCCCAUGCAGCUCUUUACAUUCGUGCAGUAUAAGAAGGAGUUGAAGGAGGGCUCUGGGAUGUGGGGCCGGGCUCUGCGGAGGGUCGUGACUGAUUGGUACAAUGGUCAGGAUGGGAUAAGUCUGGCGCAAGCAGUGACCAAGUGCAAGCACAGGGCAGGCUGGUCCCAUCAGGACCUCCUCAGACUGUCCCACAUGAAGCCUGCUAAUGACAACAUUGCUCUCGUUUGCAAAUACAUCACGAAAGGAUGGAAAGGGGUUGAGGAAGCAUAUGCUGAGAAAGACAAAUCUGAGGAUCUGCAGAAGGUUUUUGCGUAUCUGGAAGCUGUUGAAAAAGUCAAACACUCCACUGAUGAACAGGAGCUCAUUCAUCUGAUUGAGGAGCAGAGACUGGGGAAAGAGCAGCUUCUCACCAACCAUCUCAAGUCCAAAGAGGUUUGGAAAGCAUUGCUCAAAGAAAUGCCAGUGGCUGUUUUAUUGAAGCAUUUGGGGAAGUUGACAGCAAACAAAGUUCUUAUACCAGGAAGUCCUGACAUUGCUGCUGUUUGUGGGAGGAUUCAGGAAGAGACUGUUCUGAAAAAGGCCAAAACACAGCCAUUCAACAUACUUGCAGCGUCUGAAAACUAUAAGAGAGGUCACGGGAAGCGUAGCAAGCUGAAAUGGGAGCCAGAUAGAGACCUUGUUCAAGCACUGGACUGCGCGUUCUGUAAAAGCAUUUCAACCAUGGAGGCCACAGGCAAGCGGUUUUUGGUGGCUGUUGAUAUAAGUUCCUCUUUGAGCAGUUUGUGUCGCGGCAGCUCCAUCAGCACUGUGGCAGUAGCGGCGGCAGUGUGUAUGAUAAUUGCUCAAACAGAGCCAAACGCGCAGAUUGUGGUUUUCUCUGAAGGAAACCUUCUUCCCUGUACUGUCUCUUCUGAUAUGACAUUAAUGCAGGUAGCAGGACUGCUAAUCCAGACUCCUGGUGGUAGUACAGACUGUUCUUUACCCAUCACCUGGGCCUCGGAGAAUGAGAAAACUGUGGACGUCUUUAUCAUUUUAACCAAUAAUCAAACCUUUGGUAGAGAAAAUCCAGCUGACACUCUGAAGAUGUAUAGACAGAAAAGCUCUGUAUUUUCAAAACUUGUUGUGUGUGGGUUGAUUGCCAACAACCUAUCCAUCGCUGACCCUGAAGACUGCGGCAUGUUGGACAUCUGCGGCUUUGACUCGCAAGCAGUGGAUGUCAUCCAUAACUUUGCACUCGACAUCUUUUAAAAGCUAUUGAUUUUGUAGCAUGGGUUGUAGAUUUUCUGAAUGACAAAAAGACAUUAAUGCACCACCCAUCAACAUGCAAAAAAAAAAAAA